UUGCCUCUCCUCGACCUUAUUUUCCAACUCAGGUAUUCGAUGAACUUCGAACAACCGAACAACUGGAAGCUGCAGAUCCGCUACGUGCAGAAGCGGGACGAGGGCCUCUACGAGUGCCAGGUGUCCACGCAUCCGCCCAAGAUAAAGAGGGUGUUUCUCAGCGUCACCGUGCCGAAGAUCGAGAUCCGCGACCCCCGGGGCAUGGUGGUCAACUACGCCUACUAUCGGGUCGACUCCACGGUGGGCCUCCAGUGCGUGGUGGUGCCGGCCGCCCCCUCGCGCUCCGUGUGGUGGAGGAAGGAUGGCGACGUCAUCAGCACGCAGCCGCAGAGGGGCAUCCGCGUGGACUCGUCCAUGGUCGCCGGGGGACUCACGACGUGGCUGCACAUCGCCCGGGCCGCCGUCGAGGACUCGGGGAACUACACGUGCGCGGCAGGAGACACCAUCACCGCCCACGUCAGAGUUCAUGUCCUUGAUGGAGAGAGCUCGGCCGCCAUGCAGCACUCGACCACGACGGACGGCGCCCCGACGCGCUCCCCGCGCCGCACCGCCUCGCUCGUCCUCGUCCUCCUCGUCCUCGUGCUCGCCUUCACCUAAUGGAGGAGCGAGGUCGUCACACCAGGAGGGGCCGGAGCGCUAAUGACUCGUCUCCUGGGAUAAGAAGACGCUCUUCCAGGAUGAGUUGGCGUCGCUCACGAGCAGACGAGGGGCAUCGAGAAGUCAUCCAUCCAUUUCCGGUUGUGUGAUUUUAUUAAGUGUUGAGCAGUGAAAUACAAGAGUUUUAUAUGUCCAUGUUCCAUCAGUGUAUUCUCGUUAUUUUCCUUGGUUUGCUAUUUCUUUAGUUAUUUUCCAUUGUUCAUGAUCAUUUGAAAUAAAAAAGAUAAAUGUCUCAUUAA